AGAAGCAUCUCACUGAGAUACUGAAACCCACCCCCACCCUACCCCCCCAUCUCAGAGGAUUUGGUCUUUGGGGACUUCAGGAUGGAAGCCUCGUGUUUAAGAGUUUCCUUGCUGCUGCUGCUUCCAGGAUUUGUCCUCAGUGACAGCUCGGACAGACACGCUGCCAAUCGGAGCGACUUGGGGACCCACCUGCCCACUUUCUCAGGGAUGGAAUCCAGCAUACUCCUCACCACCAGGCAGCCCUUGGUGUCCAACCAAACUGUCAGGUGCUCCCAGCAGACUAAGAUUGCAGAGACCUUCAAAUACAUUAACACGGUGGUGUCCUGUGCUAUUUUCAUCGUGGGGAUGGUUGGGAAUGCAACUCUGCUGAGGAUCAUUUACCAGAACAAGUGCAUGAGGAACGGCCCCAACGCGCUGAUCGCCAGCCUGGCCCUAGGAGACCUCAUCUACAUUGUCAUUGAUAUUCCUAUCAUGGUCUACAAGCUCCUUGCUCAGAAGUGGCCCUUUGGAAAUUCUGAAUUUGGACAGUUUCUUUGCAAAUUCCUUCCCUUUAUACAGAAGGCAUCAGUGGGGAUCACAGUCCUUAAUCUCUGUGCCCUUAGUGUGGACAGGUACAGAGCAGUUGCCUCCUGGAGCCGUGUGCAGGGCAUUGGAAUCCCAAAGAUCACAGCUAUUGAAAUUUUCUCCAUUUGGCUCCUGUCCUUCAUCCUGGCUAUUCCAGAAGCAAUUGGCUUUGCUGUGGUCCGGUUCAGGUACAAAGAUGAAGACUAUGUCACCUGCAUGCUCAACCCAACAAACAAUUUUAUGCUGUUUUACAAGGAUGCCAAGGACUGGUGGCUGUUUGGCUUCUAUUUCUGCAUGCCCCUGGCCUGCACUGCCAUCUUUUACACGCUGAUGACCUGCGAAAUGUUAAACCGGAGAAACAGCAACUUGAGAAUCGCUCUCAGUGAACACCUCAAGCAGAGACGAGAAGUUGCCAAGACAGUUUUCUGCUUAGUAGUGAUUUUUGCUCUUUGCUGGUUCCCUCUCCACCUGAGCCGAAUCCUGAAGAAAAUGGUUUACAACGAGAGAGACCCCGGCAGAUGUGAACUGCUCAGUUUCCUGCUGCCACUGGAUUAUAUCAGCAUCAACCUGGCCACCAUGAACUCUUGUAUAAACCCAAUAGCUCUGUAUUUUGUGAGCAAGAAGUUCAAGAAUUGUUUCCAGUCCUGCCUUUGCUGCUGCUGCUCCCAGUCUAAGAGUCUAGUGACUUCAGUGCCCAUGAAUGGAACAAGCAUCCAGUGGAAAAAUCAAGAACUAAACAACCACAACACAGAUCGAAGCAGCCAUAAAGACAGCAUAAACUGAAAAGUGAGGACUCUGAUACCACCUCAGAAUCAAAAGGAGGAAGAAAAAAGUCACAACAAAGCUAUUUCAACAGGAAGCCCAGUGACUGUGCCAGAAUCAGUUCAGAGCUGUGCACCCUUGUGCCUAAUUCUAGAGGUGACUGAGCAGAUUGACUGAUGCUAACUGUGAUGUUCUGUGAACUGAGAUGCACUGGAUGGUAACUCUGCCUCUGCAAGUGAGAUGGAUGGGAUUGUGACACCAAAGAACUGACCUGAACUGCACAGGUGGUUUGCUCUUCUGAACCAAGCAGGAACUGUCCAGUGUCUGUGACUGGUACAAUAUAAUCUUAUUACCUGAUUAUCACCUAGAAUUAAUCACUCUAGAGUCUUUCAGAAGAUAUCAACAUGGAAUCUCUCUGUGACUGUAUUUCCUCUCUGCCCAUUUGUCUUUUAACUCUUUAUUUGUGCAGUGGAUAUAUCCCAUACACCAGUAUGUUUUGCAUGUUGUUGUUGUUGUUGUUGUUCAGGUUUUUACAUUGGAAAAGACUUUGGUCCACACCAGUAUUUUAUUUACUUGCAUUGCAGUGGGUCAGGACAUGAACUGGGCAGUUCACAUUUGUAGCACUUCAGUACUCAAAAAUAGGAAGAGACCAUUUAAAGCAGCGUCAACAUUUGGCACUUAAACACAGAUGAAUACCAAAAGAAAAGGGGGGGAGAAAAGGUAUUAAUAAUGCAGUACUCUACUGUGUUAUUUAUUCUAAUGCUUUGUACAAAGUAAGCAUAAUAAACAUAUUCUAUAUCAGCAAAGAAAGAAUGAGAGAUGCCCACAGAGGGGCACCUUAACGAUGUGUUGUCAAUUAACCUGCCAUGUUAAUUCUUAAACUAUAGGAAUCUAUUAAUCUAUUUAGGCUAUAGCUGUGUGAAAUGAAGAGUGGCAAGGAGGAUCAGUGGAACACAGUGGAACAUCACUAAAGCUGUCCCA